CAGAGCUUCGAUCAUCCUACCACUACCAUUCUACAAGGACAACAUCUCUUAGCUGGGGUAGAGCUGUUCUCUAGCGUCUCAGAAACUGACCAGUCAACAGGAACAUUUCGUCUUAAGAUGCAGAAUGAUGGAAACCUUGUGCAGUACCCUGUGGAAACUCCCGACACAGCAAGCUAUGCUUAUUGGGCAUCUGGUACAGAUGGCAGAGGAGAUAAUGUGAGCCUGAAUCUUGAUAAAGAUGGACAUCUAUACCUGCUCAAUUCCACAGGCUUCAACAUAAAGGAUAUAUUUCGAGGAGGAUAUGAUAAAAAUGGAACAAUUUAUCUGAUGAAAAUUGAUUCGGAUGGUAUCUUCCGACUGUAUUCUUACGAAUUCAAUCAGAGUGGGAAUCAAUCAGUUAUAUGGUCAUCUACGUAUGACAAAUGUGACCCCAAGGGUCUAUGCGGGCUUAAUAGCUAUUGCGUUACUGAAGAUAAAGAAGCUGAUUGUAGAUGUCUUCCAGGAUUUGCUCGAGUUAUAGAGGGCAAUAUUAGUGCAGGCUGUGAAAGGAAUUUCUCCACCGAGAGCUGCAAAAGCGAUCCAGGGAGAAUCCAGUACACCAUUCAGGCAGUUGAGAAUACCGUGUGGGAAGAUUCGAGAUAUUCUAUUCUGUCUUUAACAACCAAAGAAGACUGCGAGACAGCAUGUUUCGAGGAUUGCACCUGUGAAGCUGCCAUGUUUAAAGACGCGGAGUGCAAGAUGCAGAGGCUUCCUCUGAGAUUUGGGAGAAGGAAUCUUCGUGAUUCAAACGUAGCUUUGAUCAAGGUAGGUAUAUCCAGUGAAUCAAGAAAACACGAUAUGUCUAAAGAAGGAAAGGAAAAACCUGGGAUGGACAUUCUAGUUAUUGGAGUUUCACUGACUGGUUUUGCAAUCAUUGUGUUGGUAAUUUCUGGGGCUUUCAUUUAUAGGAGGCAUGUUUUCAGAUACAAAAGGUUUUCUACUCAUGGCGACUCACAUUUGUGCGAGAAUGUUGCCCCGAUAUCGUUUAGUUUUGAAGAAAUUGUGCAGAUGACUCAUAAUUUCAAGGAAGAAAUUGGAAAAGGAGCAUUCGGGACAGUUUACAAAGGAACCGCAAUGUUGGAUCAUGGCGUGAAGGUCGUUGCAGUGAAGAAAUUGGACAAAGUAUCAAAUCAAGGGGAACGAGAGUUUCAAAACGAGAUGAAAAUUAUUGGCAGAACUCAUCAUCGAAAUUUAGUUCGACUAAUCGGAUAUUGCCACGAAGGAGCUAACAGGCUGUUGGUGUAUGAGUACAUGGUCAAUGGAUCACUUGCUGAUGUGCUCUUUACACCUGAAAAACCACCUUGCUGGAAUGAGAGGGUGGAAAUAUCUCGCAACAUAGCAAGAGGUCUCCUCUAUCUUCAUGAAGAGUGCGAUACCCAAAUAAUCCAUUGUGACAUCAAAUCUCAAAAUAUACUAAUGGAUGAGCAGGGGAAUGCAAAAAUAUCUGAUUUUGGUUUGGCCAAGCUGCUAAAGCCAGACCAAACCAAAACCUUCACUGGGAUCAGAGGAACAAGGGGGUAUGUUGCACCAGAGUGGCACAGGAAACUGCCAGUGACAGUCAAGGCAGAUGUUUACAGCUUUGGAGUCGUAGUAUUGGAGAUCAUAUGUUGUCGGCGGAGUGUGAAUUGGAAAAAGCCUCUUGUUGAAACUACAUGGUUGCCCAAUAUGGCAAUUGCUAUGGUGACUGCAAUACUGAUUAUGAGUGAUUUGUAA